AUGGUUGAUGGUGUUUCGUACGCUUUCUUCGCCGACGACACAGGAUACUCUGUAUCUGACUCAGACCCGAAAGUCAUCAAGACCAAGCUGCAGGCGGCCCAAAACCAUCUGCAGGAGUUCCAGCGACAGUGGAGGAUCAAAAUCAACCCAACGAAGACCCAAGCAGUGUUCUUCUCGAGACGCAGGUCGCCGAGAUAUCUUCCGAGUUCCAAAGUCUUCGGCUACAUAACAAGCUCCUGCUUUACAAGUGUGUUUUUCGAGCUGUGCUUACCUACGGGUUUCCAGCUUGGAAGAACUGCGCUGCUACCCAUCGGAAAAAAACUACAACGUAUGCAGAACAAGCUUCUCAAGAUGAUCUACAACCUCGAUCCGUGGUAUCCAACCGAUGAUCUUCACCAGCUGGCCGAACUGGACACGAUCGACGAAUUCAUCGACCGAAUGUUCCUGAUGUUCCGGACAAGCUGCCAAAUGUCGGACAACCCACUGAUUUCUGCCAUCGACGACUACUGA